AUGGUUGGUCUGGGACCUCGCCCACAGCCAGCUAGGAAGGGGUCUAAGGCGGACAUCCCCAAGGAUCUCCUCGAGCAGGUGAAGAGGCUAGAGGACCUCUUUACUGUCGACAAGAACAAGCUCAAGGAAAUUACCGACCACUUCGUCUCGGAACUGGCCAAGGGCUUGAGUGUGGAAGGCGGCAGUAUCCCCAUGAACCCUACCUGGGUCAUGUCGUUUCCUGAUGGCCAUGAGACGGGAACCUUCCUUGCCCUCGACAUGGGCGGCACCAACCUGCGAGUCUGUCAAAUCACCUUGACGGACCGAAAAUCCGAGUUCGACAUCAUCCAGUCCAAGUACCGCAUGCCCGAGGAGCUCAAAACUGGCAACAGCGAUGAGCUCUGGGAGUACAUUGCCGACUGCCUGUACCAGUUUGUCGAGACUCACCACGGUGACUGUGCAAACAUCGAAACCCUACCGCUGGGGUUCACCUUUUCCUACCCAGCCACCCAGGACCACAUCGAUGCUGGAAUUCUUCAGCGAUGGACCAAAGGAUUUGACAUUGCGGGCGUUGAGGGCGAGAACGUUGUACCCAUGUUUGAGGCUGCUCUCGCGAAGCGUGGGGUUCCUAUUAAGUUGACAGCUUUGAUUAACGACACUACCGGAACCUUGAUUGCCUCCGCAUACACCGACACCAAGAUGAAGAUUGGUUGCAUUUUUGGAACCGGCUGCAACGCGGCUUACAUGGAAGAUUGUGGCUCCAUCCCAAAGCUUUCUCACAUGAACCUCCCUGCCGACACUCCCAUGGCCAUCAACUGCGAAUGGGGCGCCUUUGACAACGAGCACAAGGUUCUUCCCAGGACCGAGUUUGACAAGGCCAUCGACCGCGACUCUCCUCGCCCUGGUCAGCAGGCCUUCGAGAAGAUGAUUGCCGGUCUCUAUCUGGGCGAGAUUUUCCGGCUUGUCAUGGUGGACCUUCACGACAACAAAGACGUGCACAUUUUCGAGGGCCAGGACAUAUCUCAUUUGCGCAAAGCGUACACGCUGGACUCUUCAUUCCUGUCCGCCAUCGAGGAGGAUCCGUUUGAGAAUCUCCAAGAGACGUCUGACCUUUUCUCGUCCAAAUUGAGCAUUUCUUGCACGCGGCCUGAGCUGGAGCUCAUUCGACGCCUUGCUGAGCUCAUUGGCACCCGUGCUGCCCGUCUGUCCGCCUGCGGUGUCGCCGCCAUCUGCAAGAAGAAGGGCUACAAGUCUUGCCACGUCGGCGCUGACGGCUCCGUCUUCAACAAGUACCCUCACUUCAAGGCUCGAGGCGCACAGGCCCUCCGCGAGAUUCUUGACUGGCCCGAGAGGACCAACACCAACGAAGAGGAUCCCAUCGAAAUCCUUGCCGCGGAAGACGGUAGCGGCGUCGGCGCCGCGCUCAUUGCCGCGCUGACUCUGAAGAGAGUCAAGGCUGGGAAUAUGGCGGGUAUACUGCAUCCUGAGAAUUUCAAGUAA